GUUUAUGGAAUCGCAACUCAUCAAACUCCUUUGCUACAUAAUGUUUAUGGUUGGUGUCAUUGUUUUUGCCAUUCUCAGCUUUAUCCCAGCAGUUUAUGGACGGUAUGCUGGUCCGAAAAGUUGGUUUGGGUUGGGUGUUAAUGCCAACGUAGCAUGGUUUUUCCAAGAAUCACCGUCUUUUUUCAUCCCAGUUGUUUUUUGGCUUCUUGAAUUUUGGAGAACCGGGACUUUGGACCUUACUCAAACUGCUUUAGCUUCAAUGUUUGUUUUCCAUUACUGGCAGAGGACUUUUUUGUAUUCAGUUCUAAUCAGAGGAGGCAAGGCAACUCCUAUUGGCAUUUGUGCACUUGCUUUUACUUUUUGUACAGUCAAUGGCUACAUUCAGAUAAGAAGCAUACAACUGAAGCAAUUUGAAGACAAGUGGCAAAAAAAGCCAUCUGUAUUACUGGGCAUCAUUAGCUACCUCUGUGGCCUAGCCAUCAAUAUGCAUUCAGAUUAUAUUCUAAGAAACCUCAGAGCACCUGGAGAAACUGGGUACAAGAUCCCCAAGGGUGGGAUGUUUGCUUAUGUCACUGCAGCAAACUAUUUUGGUGAAGCUCUUGAAUGGCUUGGUUUUUUCUUGGCAGUACAAACUCUGGCUGCAGCAGCAUUCUCAUUUUUCACUUUUGCUAACUUAUUUCCCAGAGCUGUAAUGCAUCACAGGUGGUAUCAACAGAAAUAUGAAGACUACCCAAAGAACCGAAAAAUAAUGAUUCCAUUUAUUCUUUAAAGGGCAUAUGUCAUGUUAGCAGUUUCCUAAUACAACAAAAACAUUAGGAGGAUUUUGGUGUUUUGUAACUUUUUAUUUCUGAUUUCAUGAAUUUUUACUGUCAUGAAAAUUCAACCUUGAUUCCAUGCUUUGUACUGAACAAACAGUAUAUUUGUAUUGCAUUAGCCAAUCAGUCUCACGACACAUGCCCUUUAAAUUAAGCCAAAAUCAUAGUAAAUUGCAUUAAAGAAGCACAUUAAAUGUGCACACAUUUUUUGAAAAUUUUUAAACUUGAAAUACAACAAAAACAUUAGGAGGAUUUCGGUGUUUUGUAAAUUUUUAUUUCUGAUUUCAUGAAUUUUUACUGUCAUGAAAAUUCAACCUUGAUUCCAUGCUUUGUACUGAACAAACAGUAUAUUUGUAUUGCAUUAGCCAAUCAGUCUCACGACACAUGCCCUUUAAAUUAAGCCAAAAUCAUAGUAAAUUGCAUUAAAGAAGCACAUUAAAUGUGCACACAUUUUUUGAAAAUUUUUAAACUUGAAAUACAACAAAAACAUUAGGAGGAUUUCGGUGUUUUGUAAAUUUUUAUUUCUGAUUUCAUGAAUUUUUACUGUCAUGAAAAUUCAACCUUGAUUCCAUGCUUUGUACUGAACAAACAGUAUAUUUGUAUUGCAUUAGCCAAUCAGUCUCACGACACAUGCCCUUUAAAUUAAGCCAAAAUCAUAGUAAAUUGCAUUAAAGAAGCACAUUAAAUGUGCACACAUUUUUUGAAAAUUUUUAAACUUGAAAUAAGAGUUAUUACUAGAAAUAGCUCUUGCUAGUACUGCCCGCAAACAAUUAGUUCCUUGAUAAUGAUUGUUUUGAAAAUGUAGGUCAGGAUAUUCGAAGAAGACACCAUCUUGGGUUUUCACAAUUCUAUAAAAACAGCUGCUCUAGUUGAUGCUAAACUAUUCUUUUUAUCAAGAAUUUUUGGUGUUCAGUUUGCCUUUGAUUUAAGUCCAACGCCCUUUUGAAAAUCAUGAAGUUUUUCGAGGGUUUGACAUUUAUUUUUCGAUAAUCACGAAAAUCAUAACUUUUGCUCGUACGGUCUCGAGUUUUUGGGAGAAAAGUGUGGCAUUCGACUGGUUUUGAUUCCCAAAACUUCGAAUCAAAACUUCCAUCCAUUGCGGAGAACAGAGCUGUGAUGCAGCACCGUUUUCGUGCCAAAAAACCGAAGGCCUUUAACAGAGUCUUGGCAGAGCAUACCCUGGGUACCAGACUCAAUAUAUAGUGAGUCUGGUACCCAGGGUAGGCAGAGCAACGCUCCGAAGAUAAUUCCCUUCCGCACAAAGAGGUGGCGGUUAACGACCUCGACAAAGCCGAUUGAUUGACAAUGAAAUUGAUUGACAGUUGUCAUGGCAGCAGAAAAGUGACAAAAUCUGCUGAAAAAGUGCUGACAACAUGAACUGAAGCUUCCAUAUGCUACUUAUACGCGGGGCAGACUAUAAGCCCUUCACUCGCGCGCUAUCGCGCGCGAGUUGCGGGCAAAAAUACCAUAAGGAGAUUAAUGUAAAAUUUGUUUAGCUUGUAUUAGCCAAUAUUUGACAAAAUAGACAAAUAUUAUAGUAAUAAUAUUCAUUAUAAUAGAUCUAGAUGUAAAGACUGUCAGUUUAUUAAUUUAUUUUGAACAAUUCUCUCUAGUACUCUAUCUUCUUAUCAUCAUUGGCAUUUAGCAAUCUGCUUAAAGGUAUUGAGUCAUGAUAAAAGGCAAUAAAGUAUACCCAAAUGAUUUUUGUGCCUCAAUGCUAUUGGUUGACCUGGAACUGGUCACAUGAACUCACCUCGUGGUGAUUAACAAAACAGUUUGCAUCAAUAGCAAGUUUUCAACAAUGGGUGGCGAUAUCACAUGAACCAACAGUGAUAACGCUGAAACCAAAUAACCCCCUAUAGAAAGGUCUAUUUACCAUGACUCAAUGCAUUUAACUUUAUGUUUUUCAAAGAAUCAAGAUUGAGCUAAGUUUCAAAUUCAUUCUUUGCCAAUAGAAUGAAUUAAGUUGUCAAGUGAUAAGCAAAUUGUUUGUUUUAAAUAAAAUGGAGAUUACAUGAAUUAUAAAGAAACCAUCAACAACAAAAGUUUUCAUGAAACCAUUGGAAAUACAAUGAUAGACAUUAUCUACUGUGUUGAAAAUAAUAGCAUCAAAUCUUUAGUAAUUGAUCCAAAAGGACGUCUUAUCAGUUACAUCUUUUUUAUGUACUAAUAAAAUCACUUUUUCAAUCUACCCUGCCAUUUACUGUGUUCAAUCUGUGUUUGAGUAACAGUUAUCCAUAACCACAAGAAAAAUAACAGGUCUAAAGUUAGAUAGAUAAGUCUCUUUAAAUAGAUAUUUAAGUUUCUGCCACUUCUUUACUUUUUCAUUUUAUCCAAUGAUUUGAAGCAUACUCAGAAAAGAUAAGCAACAUUUUACCAGAAAAGGCAAACAAAUCUGAGAGACAUAGCCACAUGAAUUUAAUAACCUCUCUAAUAUUCUGAAAUUCUCAUUUGAAAAUGUGAUGCCAAUUACUUCUAGAGUUGGAACUUCUAGACAACUAUUUGACAUGUGAGUAAUUUAACAGUAACGGGUUUAGAGAAUUUGGUUAGAAUGAAUUGGAAUAUUGUGAAGAGAUAAUGGGAUAAUAAAAGAGGAGCAACAACGAGGAAAAUGGGUGGAAAUCAAAUGUCAAAGAUCUUGGGAGAAUUUGCAGACUUAUGUACUAGUCUUUUUGAGAGACAUGGUGCCCCAUGCUAUAGCUCUAUGAUUGCAAUGGUAUGGUAAUCAAUCAUUCUCAUGCUUCAUUUUCAGGUGACUUGGACAUAGAAUUAAGGUGUGAAAAUUUAACAUUAGAAGAGGGAUCUUACAACACCAUUUAAGCACCCAUAUCAUCUUGAUUGCU